UCUACUACAAUGCUUUUUUUUCUGCUCUCGCUAGUUUAUAACACUGAUUUAUCAAGUAACGAAAUCAUCAUUGCCUUUUUCACUCUCUAUGUAUUAUACACUGUAAUUCGGUCUGUCUCUAGUUUCGAGAUUUCCCACCUCGGUUCACCGUGCAUGAGGUCAACUGGGCCCGCAUCCUUCCGAGUCACCGGUGCACCGAUACCGCCACGACAACAACAACAACAACAACCAGUCAUGUCACAUCCGCUCAACAAUCCGAACCCAACUGCCCGCCUGCCUCCGAUCCUUCUCUUCAUCGUCGCCGUCCAGGAGAACCGGGCCGGUCUCGCCGCCUCCUCCGUUCGAUUACUGGCUCCGACGGAGGCGAUCGCCGUCGCCAAUAUCGCACUACGACUACCGAUGCGUUCCGACGUAUCGCUGACCACCGCCCGUAAACUUACUCCGGCUCUCCACUCGCCGAGAGUCUCUCCGAGCCGAGAUGAGCCAGCCUGGAUCGCGUCGUCGAGACUCGCGGAGCUGCUUUCUCAGCUGACCGUGUAACGGAUCGCAUGGCACCUGGACCGUAUCAAAGCUGAAGGAACGAUCGUCGAUCGGUCGACAAGUCGGCUAGAGGGGUGGAUUCCGUGCGGAUCGACUACCGGGUCGUCGGAUGGCGCGGCGUUGCGACGCCGCAUUGCCUCGGCAUUAUAUCUGUACCGCCGUGAGGCGCGACGCUCUUUAUAUGCCUCGUAAAAUAGUAUUGUGGCUGUAAUAUAAACGUGUAAUCCUAGGCACGUGUGAGGUGAUGUAGCCUUGCAUGUGGCCCGUUAAUUCUUAUUCACAAUCCUGAAAAUUUUCUCAUUUUAAGGCACGAGGUACAUUUUUCACACACCUGGAAAAUCUGGAAAACCUGGAAUUUUAUGGGGAUUUUUAAUUUGUUCUUGGGAAAAACUGAUAAUAUCGGUUUUCCGUCGUGGAAAUUAGAAAUGAUUUUUUUGAGCUAACAAGUUUACGUUUUCUCUCCCCGAAAACAAAUUGGCUUUUUAAAAUUCACUUUUUUGUACGUUAUAUUUUUCUUUGAUUCGAAUUGAAUUUGAACCGAAUAUAGAGUCAAUAAGCUGAAUAAUUUAGGUUUUAGUAAUUUACCAGAACUGGAAAGAUGUCGGGAAAAACUAGGUUUCAGCUCCUGGAAAACUUGGAAACGUCGUGGAAUUUUUUUCCCAAAAAUUUGUGGCUACCCUAAAGGAACUGCACAUUUAUCUUUUACUUUUUUCGAAACUGACAUCCCAAUUAUAUCGGUAAAUAUUAUUCGUGUAAAUCAUAAUUCUCCUUA